CCUCGUUGAACGGUUCAACCUCGCUUGACUUUCACUACAAGUCUUCUCAUAAUCACUCGACACAAUCUCCGACAAGCUCCUCUCCACCAUCACCAUGCCUCGCAAAACCAAGUCCAAGCCUGAACCCGUCGAAGACAUCGAACAUAGCGAGACAAGUUCAGUAGAAGAAGAUCUCACCGUCUCAGACCCUCCCACCAUUGAUCCAUACGAUGUCCUCCAACUCCCACGAACCGCAACCCCCGACGAGGUCAAGUCUGCUUACCGCAAACUGGCUCUGAAACACCACCCCGACAAAACCCAACCCGGAAAUCGAGACACGGCUCACAAAAAGUUCCAAGAGAUUGCCUUUGCCUAUGCCAUACUUAUUGAUGAACGGAGACGCAAGCGGUACGACGCCACGGGCAAUACCGCAGAAAGUGCCAACAUUGAAGAUGACGACUUCAACUGGGGAGACUUCUUUCGCGAGCAAUCCGCCAAUGUCGUCAACGGUGAGUUGAUUGAGCAGGUCAAGCGAGAAUACCAGGGCAGCGAAGAAGAGAGGAACGCCGUGUUAGCCGCGUAUGAGGAGGGCGAAGGUGACAUGGACGCAGUCUUUGAGAGUGUCAUGUGCAGUGAGAUCCUAGAGGACGAAGACCGCUUCAGGAAGAUCAUCGAUGAGGCCAUCUCCAAGGGCGAAGUACAGGCAUACGACACGUACACUAAAGAGGGCAAGCAGAGUCGUCAACGUCGGAAGGCAGCCGCCAAAAAGGAAGCACAAGAGGCUCGGGAGUACGCUCGCGAGUUGGGACUGGAAGACAAGUUGUUCGGCAAGAAGGAUGGUGCGAAGAAGAAAUCGAAGAAGGGAGCAGACGAUACAGAUGCUCUCCAAGCCCUCAUACAACAGCGCCAACAGUCACGAGCUCAGAACUUCUUCGAUGAUCUAGAAGCCAAGUAUGGAGGCGGUUCGAAGAAAGGCAAACGCAAAGGAAUGGACGAGCCACCGGAGGAAGCAUUUCAGAAGAAUGCGAAAAAGGGUAAACGGAGCGCACGAGCUUGAUUUUCUGCCGGGUUUCAGGACAGUAUCUGCUUUCUUGUCACCAUUCUUGAGCGCGGCGUUGGACAUGGCGGCCUAAAUUAUGCAUAGUAUUUAUUAGUAACGACAGUCAUGACAUGACACAAAAGUCGGUUGGAAGUGAUCAAAAGGCGAAAGGACACACUGCACAGAUAUGCGACCGUGGUGCUCCGAUGGUAUCCUACAUUUCUUCACAAAGUCUUCAUGACUCACGGAUGAUAG